AUGUCGUUGGAGGGAUUGGACUCAACACAGCUGUGGGAAUCAUUUGAGGAUGCUCAAGCGGAGCCUGGAGGAUGGUUAUGGAUCAAAUACAUUUCGCGCGACGAGGUGGAGCUGCUGAAGAAGGGGAGCCAUGGUGCAGACGAGAUGCGACAGGCGGCUGCGACGGAGCCAGACGAUUCGCCGCUAUACGGGUUCAUCCGUUUCCGGCGUCGCAAUGUGUUGGUCAAAUGCAUUCCCGAGGGGACAUCGAGAGUUCUGAAAGCCCGAUCGCAGGUUCAUUUCCAAUUGGUCGCCGAGCGAUUCUCGCCGCACGACACCAUCGUCACCAUCUCUGAUCCCAAGGAAUUGACCGACGCGGCGCUCAAUUCAGUGUGCGGCUCACACACGGCCACGGCAUCCAUAUCGUCAUCCAACAGCUCGUUGCGACAGCGUCGACUAACGGAUAUCGCCGAAUCUGCCGACGAGGAAGGAGGAGGGGCAGGAGGGGGAGGAGAUGAAGCGUCGCCUAGCCGGCGUGAUAAUUACAACAAGAGAAAACACACAGUUCAGCAUGUUGUGCUGGGAGGCAGUGGUGGUGGUAGUGGCCUGGCAACAGCGACCGACGGGGCUACUGUCGGCGCGCUCGCGGGGGCGCCUAACUACUCCGGCGUGGCUGUUGCUGUGGUUGUCACUUCCUACGACCCGGCUGUGUCAGAUGAGCGAGGGGCCGGUGCACCUGCAAUUCAAGACAGGGAUCCGACCGCGCCGUCGUUCUCCCUCUCAAAAGGAGAUUUUCCCUCCACAUCUGCAAAUACCUCCUUGAGCAUCACCACCCCAUACGACUCGGGUACAUCUUCUCUGUCAGAGCCCCGGCGAAAGUCCACUUCCUCAGCAUCGCGGCCGUCGGCGUCUGACAUCUAUUCUCAAUACCCCAACAACAAUACCAACAACAACAACAACAAAUCGCAGAGCAGAAACAACAAGAUAGAGCCGAAGAAGAAGAAGAAGAAGAAGAAGAAGAAGAAGAAGAAGAAGAAGAAGAACAGGAAGAAGAAGAAGAAGACCUAG